CCAAUUGCAAAAAUUGAGGGUCAAUCCAAAAGUCAACCUAAAAUUCAAUACAAUGGAAAUGAAAUGUUGAGAUGGCUAACAGCUUUGGCAGUUUCAGCCUUGAGGUAGUUCAAAGACUCCAUUGGGUAUCUAAUUUGUUGUCCUAAAAUCCCAGGUUUCUUCACCUCUGACCAAACUCUCUUCUCCUUUUUCUCUUUAGCUCUAUCCUCUAAUUCCAUUCCCACAUCGCAUGAAAGAUUUUAUUGUUAAAAGAAUUUCAGAUUUCGAAGAUCGAAAAUUCGAAAUCUUUUUCCUUUCAUAAUGCGAUCUAACACUGCAAGCCUAGCUCCUGGAUUCACCCUUUUCCCUUCCCUAAAACCUCUCCACACAACCCUUUUCUUCCACCAAAUCUUCGUCUUGAUUCUCACUUUCUUAGCCUACGCCUCUUUCCAUGCUUCCCGGAAACCCCCCAGCAUUGUGAAAAGCGUCUUAGGACCCACUGUUCAAACAAAUUCUACCUCUAACGACACCGGAUGGGCCCCGUUCAAUGGCCCCGAAGGAACCCAUCGGCUGGGUGAGCUUGAUCUUGCAUUUUUAACAUCAUAUGCUAUAGGGAUGUAUUUUGCAGGACAUGUAGGUGAUAGGAUUGAUUUAAGGCUUUUUCUUGUGUUUGGAAUGAUGGGUAGUGGCAUUUUGACGAUAAUUUUUGGGUUUGGCUAUUGGUUUGAUGUUCAUUUGUUGGGUUAUUUUAUUGGAGUUCAAGUUAUUUGUGGGGUUUUUCAAUCUAUAGGGUGGCCUUGUGUGGUUUCUGUUGUAGGGAAUUGGUUUGGGAAGGAGAAGAGAGGGUUGAUUAUGGGGGUUUGGACUUCACAUACAUCAGUUGGGAACAUUAUUGGGUCUGUUGUGGCUUCUGGGGUUUUGGAGUUUGGUUGGGGUUGGUCAUUUUUGGUGCCCGGGAUUUUGAUUAUUGUAGUUGGGAUUUUGGUUUUUUGUUUCUUAGUGGUGAGCCCUGAUGAUUUGGGGUUUGAAAUGGUGUCUGGAAAAGAGAUUGAGAUGAGUUUGGGGGAAGAAAAUGUGGCGAAUUUAGAAAAAGCGGAAUCAGAGGAAGCAGGGUUGCUCGAGAACAAGGAUUCUGAUUCCCUGGCUGCCAUUGGAUUCUUGGAGGCAUGGAGGUUGCCAGGUGUGGCACCAUUUUCUUUCUGCCUCUUCUUCUCCAAGUUGGUGGCUUAUACAUUUUUGUAUUGGUUGCCCUUCUACAUAAGACACACAGCCAUUGCAGGAGUGCAUUUGUCACAUAAAACUGCUGGGAUCCUCUCUACAAUAUUCGAUAUUGGAGGAGUCUUAGGUGGGGUGCUAGCAGGCUUCAUUUCAGAUGUCAUUGAUGCUCGUGCAGUUACUUCGGUUACUUUCUUAUUACUAUCAAUACCUGCACUCAUUUUGUACCGGAUUUAUGGAAGUGUCUCUAUGGUUACCAAUAUAGGAUUGAUGUUUAUCUCUGGGUUGCUAGUGAAUGGGCCUUAUUCACUAAUUACAACAGCUGUUGCUGCUGAUCUUGGUACCCAGGACUUGAUUAAAGGAAACUCACGUGCAUUAGCUACAGUGACAGCAAUCAUAGAUGGCACUGGCUCUGUGGGAGCAGCUCUUGGGCCCCUUUUGGCUGGGUAUGUAUCCACUAGGGGUUGGAAUAGUGUAUUUCUUAUGCUAAUUUUUGCUAUAUUCUUUGCUAGUAUAUUCUUGGUUCGUGUUGCAAAAACCGAGAUUGGAAGGAUGGUAAGUGAGGAGAAAGAGCUUGGUAGUAGUGUGACUGCAAGUUGAUGCAGUUUCUCUAGGCCUGACUGUUUAGAAAAGCAUCUUAUUAGGAUAUAGGCAUACAGAAUAUGUUGUUGAAGUUCUUUUUCAUUGUACCUCAAUCUCAAUUGUAUUUCAUUCUUUUAUACACUGAAAAUCUUCAGUUCAUAUAUACAUGUACAAUAAUUUUUGUAUCAGUUCAUUCCUCAUUUUUCCUAUAUUAGAUCAAAGUUUGUUCUCUUUGAAA